AUAUCAAUUUAAAGUGUUCUGCAUUUUUUUUCGUAUUUACCACGGCGUAAAAUCAGAGAUAACACUUGUGCAAAAAGAAUUCACAGCAAUGUUUGAAUGGGCAUAUGAUGGUGUCAAUGCUUCAAUACCACGUAAUGUAGGGCCAGAAUGUGCAUAUUAUCUAAGUCCAAAACGAAGGAUCAUUGAAACAUCAUUUGUAUCCAUAAUCAUAAUAUUCCUUUUGGUCUGGGGCUACAAACAAAUUAGUUUACCAACCAAAGUCUCAUAUGCAAACCAUGAUCGUGUUGGCAGAAGAGUCUUACUUAUCAUUAUGUCAUUAGUAUUGGGAAUAGAGAUUGGUUUUAAGUUUACCAGCAGGACAGUUGUAUAUAUAUUAAAUCCUUGUCAUAUUAUAACAGCAGUGCAGUUGUAUUUACUGGCAGCAGAUCCUAGUCCAACAGUCACUGCUCUCUUCAGGAUACAUUUAAAUUUUUUGAAUGGACCAGUUUUAGCAUAUGUAUUUCCAGAGACAGAAUCUCGCAGAAUAUUUGCAGACAAAGCAAUGUACUACCUUCAGCAUGGUUUAAUGGUAGUAAUACCAUAUUAUUUAUUGAGGAUUGGAGGUGUUUAUAAUGUUGAACCUCUGUCAGACAUGAGCUGGUCUAUUUUUAGCUAUGGGCUGAAUUUAGCUUAUCACUUCUGGGUUAUUCAAGCCAUUGCUUUGCCUAUACAGGUAAACCUUAGUCACAUGUUAUGUGCAGCCAUUUUAGACCCGUUCGAAGGUCAAAAUUACCGAUUAUGGGUGCUGGUUCAUCAAGCAUUACUAUGUCCAUUAUUAUGCAAGCUGUUCUGCUAUGGAUCAGAUUUCUUCUUAACAAAAUUUCCACCGACCAAAGUAAAACCGUCGCUCGAAUGCGUACUUCCAAAGAAAAACAAGUAUGAAGAUGAGGAGAAACUAUGUGAAAAUACGAAUACCUCAGGGAAUGGACACACGCAUGUGAAUUAG